GCUUCUUGUUUCUACUCGUUUUUCAAAAUAUCCGCUUAGAAUAGGAGGGACUUUUUUUUUCCCUGGCUGGGUUUAAUAAUGAAAUCGGGUGUGUACACUCCACUUACGCAGAUUUGGGAAAACAGCCGUUGGGGGAAUUAUUUCGGUUAACCCUUUGGCUGUGGCCUUGUAUCUUCUCUCCAGCUCAUCAUGUCAGUGUGAGGUCCUCUCUCUGAGGUAGAGCAGAAUGCAGACUUCAGGGCACCGGCUGCGCGAUGUGGAGCAGCACCAUCCCUUGCUGUCCAGCGGGGAGGAGGAGGUGACCGUGGGCCGGGUCUGGUUCAUCCAGGAUGGCUGCGGCAUGGUGUGCGCCUCCAUGACCUGGUUUCUAGUCAUGUAUGCGGAAUUCGUGGUGAACUUCGUCAUGCUUCUGCCCUCCAAAAGCUUCUGGUACUCGCUCAUCAACGGCGUGGCGUUCAACUUCUUGGCCGUGCUGGCACUAGCUUCGCACCUGCGCACCAUGCUGACUGAUCCGGGAGCUGUUCCGAAAGGAAAUGCUACUAAGGAAUACAUGGACAGUCUACAGCUGAAACCAGGGGAAGUCAUUUACAAGUGCCCUAAAUGCUGCAGCAUCAAACCAGAGAGAGCUCAUCACUGCAGCAUCUGCAAGAGAUGCAUCAGGAAAAUGGAUCAUCAUUGUCCCUGGGUGAACAACUGCGUUGGAGAAAACAACCAGCGAUACUUUGUGCUGUUCACUAUGUACAUCGCUUCCAUCUCUCUGCACGCCCUCUGCCUCAGUGGUUUCCACUUCUUCACCUGUGUCAAGGUCCAGUGGAACGAGUGUAGUGACUUCUCCCCUCCAGUAGCUGUCAUGCUCCUUAUUUUCCUGUGUCUGGAGGCUCUCCUCUUCCUCACCUUCACCGCUGUCAUGUUCGGCACCCAGAUCCACUCCAUCUGCAACGACGAGACGGAAAUCGAGAGGCUGAAGAACGAGAAGCCGACGUGGGAGCGGCGAGUGCGCUGGGACGGGAUGAAGGCCGUGUUCGGAAGCCCGCCGUCUCUUCUGUGGUUCAACCCUUUCGCCGGACUGAGACUGCGACGCCUCCUGAUGGUCCGCGCUCGGAAGGGCGGCUCCGAGUUCGCCGUCUGAGCCGUGCAAGCUCGCGUUUCUCCGCACGUCAGCGUGCCUGUUAAGACCCCACGCGUAAAGGACACACGGCACGAUGGCGCAGGUACGGGGACUCGGGGAAGAGAAUGUCUAAUAAACCUGAGGCCUAGUGGAGGAAAAGGGCCUAAAUAUGACAAACUACCUGUUAAAACCACUGGACCUCAAGCGAAGGAUCAUUUUUACGUUGGCUUCUCUUGGCUGGGUCUGACCCCGUGAAUAGGAUUUAUUUUAUUUUAUUUUUUUGCUGCGAUGUUUUUGUUUUUAAAAGAAUUCUUUUUCUGUAUUUUGUUGAAAACAAACAAACAAAAAAAUCUCAAAUUUCAUUUGAACAGCAUUAAUGUCUUAAUGAAUCUCAAUCGAUCGAAUCGAUACGUCUCGUUUAAUUUGCCAAGAACGUUCUGGAACCUGCAUAUGCAUUAAGAUUUACUCUGUAAUAAAAUUGCUAAAAAAUGUUAAUUAUUCCUAGAUUUAGAAUCACGAAACAUAAACGACAGCUUAUUUAACUUCCUAAUAUAGUAGAGACCAUGUUAAACCUCAUUUUACAACAUUUUGUCUUUUUGUUGUUUUUCUCCGUUCAUGUAAAUGGCACUGAAUAUUUAGACAAGCUAUCGACACUGUUUACCUUCCGUGACGCUACGUCCAAGAUCAACGCUGCGGUUGCUUGGCAUGAAUGUAGACAGACUGCAUUAGAGGACAUGCUGUAGAGAUAACGCAUAAGUUUUUGCACACACUUGUUAUAGCGGAGAAAGAGAACGUCAGACGAGAACCUCGUGGCGUGGCGUGGCGUGACGUGACGUGAUCGGACGCUCUCGACGUUUUACUGAACUCGCCAAGCAGCUGAUGAACCGUGCUGGAUGUAGUCUCGUGUGUCUAACGGACGGAUUAAGGAAAUCACGUGAUGUUAGCAAUACUGUGGCUGCGUCUUCACGAGAGCUUUUACCUCAACAGAUAAGACUUUAUCAUGACGGUUCUUGAAUGAAUUAUCGCAGAUGGUUUAUACAGCAGACGCAGAGUAUUUCGAACGGUGUUGGAUUCGACGUGCGCCGUAAAGAACCGACUGAAACUCUGUCCAUGAAGUAGUGUAUUGUAAAUAAAUAAAGUUCAAGGGAAGGGGUUAAUUAAUUAUAAAGCUUUCUCUUACAAUCGUCAUGAUAUAUGCAGUAUAAAGAGCAUCUAAAUGUGACCACAUGACCAACCGGUCGUUCUCCCAAUAGGACCUCGGGUUCUUCGGUGCCAUGACAGUGACAGUAUUGGUUAUUCAUUCUGCACAUGACACUCUUGAAAUGUGGAGUCCCUCUCUCUCCCCCUCUCAGCUCUGAUUCUGCUUCGUAACCCGUUCCCUCCCAAGUCAUUUUAACCCACCGUGCUGCGUUCACAAGAACCUGAUAUUUAUUUCAUCCAAAAUCAUAUCUCUCACGUGUUGUAGCCGUGCAAUUAUUUAUACGUUUUUCACACUCGGACUCCUCCCGAUGCAACUGCAUUGAUCUGCAAAGAAAUCGAAUCGGAAUGAACGUCAGGUUCAAUGCCAAAAAGCGAACGAAUCACCUACACGAGUGACUCGGGCAGCGUUCACAAGCUCUGUGAUAUUCGCAAAGGAAGAAAAAAAAACACAAGCAUCUUAAUAAUAUCUUUAACGUGUUAGAAUAUCUCUUAAAGAAGCCUGAAUUGCUGAAUUCAUUUAGAAAUUUUUUGAAUCACCUUUGAAAGUGAAUGAAUCGAUUCACGAAUCGAUUCACGAAUCGAUUCAGUCAGAUAGUAUCGGUACAUGCUUAUGCAUCAAAAUUACACUCCGCUUUCCAGAGGGGAAAGACAAAAAAAACCAAAAAAGUUUAAUAUGUUGAAAUGCUGGUAGACUGUACAGGCUGCGUAAUUAUCGGCACCCUUGAUAAAGGAUGGGUAAAAACAAAAGCAUUACGGGGGAGUGAAAAUGACAUCGUGGUUAAUUCGCAUAAUCUCAGACAGAGAAUACGAGAGAUUUUUCAGCCUUUAAUUGAAGUACAGUUAUUUGACUUGCUUGGGGGUGUAGCCUUAAAGUCCAGACUCUCAUCCCUCACGCUCGUAACUAUACACCUUCAGUUAGUUUCACCGUUAUUACCGAAUCUUUCAUAUUAGUGACUCGCUAAUAACCCAGGAUUUAUGUGUUUAAAACAAUAAACUAGGAAUAAACCGCUUUUUUUAUUUAUUUUACACUUACUCAUCUCACUUAAAGUAAAAUAAAACACUGUAAAGGAACACUGUUAUAGGAUCAUAAUCAAUACUUGCGUGUGUAAGAUUAACUAAUUCUCGCAUUCCACAUUGCUUUAUUCUUCUUGUACCACGGCAACCUCCCAAAAAUAACACGUUUUUCUUUGUCACUAAGCAACACGUAACUUUUUUUUAUAUGACUCAGUAAUAAACCAGGACUUGUAGAAUACGUUAACGAGGAAUAUUUCUAGGAGCGGGAUUGGGAAACGUCGCGCAGAGCCGAUUAGUGUUGUUGCUUUUCUGUAUUAUUGUCCCUAUUUUCAAUCUCAUCCCGUCUAACCCGGCGUCUCGCUCAUGGAUAGUCUUUAUGUCUGUAUUUAAAAAAUUUUUAAAAAGGGUGGGUGGUGGCGGGGGGGUGUUGGGGUCAUUACAUUCGACUCCGUUGAACCUGAACACAUCUUACAGUAGUUGAAAAAGAAAGCGCUUUGUGGAAUCCCGUUUUUAUCAGCUGUAUGUUUUAGACGCCGUUUUAAAAUGAUUGUUUGCUGGAAUACAAGAUGUGUAACAUGCUGUCUGGGUGGAAACAAAAAAACGAGUCCAUUUCCUGUUUGCAAUCCUUGAUUAAGUCAAAAAAAAAAAUGUUAAAGGACUUUCAAUAGCAUGUAUGUCUUUUAAGAAUGUAUAUCGUGCUUUUUUUUUUUUUUUUUUCUUUUUUAAAUUGUUUUAUUUUCAGGAAUAAGAACGGACUAUCACGUUAACACUAAUAUAAUACCUGCUUUGCGAAAGAAUCUUGCCGAUUUCCAGAAACAUCUGGCACAGAUGUUCGCUAGCCGAGCUCUGAGAAAGGCGCGCCGCAGGUGUGUUAUCCUUCAGUAUACAAAUGGGGUAUACAAGGGGUUGAUUAUAGAUUUAAAAGGAAUAUUAAAGCUUUAGCAGUUUAUCUGUUAGACAUCUGAUGAUGAAUUUGGAAACCCCAUGAUGAGUGUAAUCACCAUUUUGUCCAAUGAUGAUGAUGAUGAUGAUGUUGAUGUAGUCAAAGACAAUGAUUUAGACUUCUUGGAAACUGGAAAGCAAACACAGGCUACAUAAUAAUAUACAGUGUAAAUGAUUGAGUUCUUUUUCAAUUGUCAUUAAAUAAUUGUUCUUUCAUAUGUGAAUCUCUUUUGCAUAAUAAAGUUGUUAGGUUCAGCACUAUUACACGUCCCCCCCCCCCCCCCCCCCCCUUAUUUUUCAAUCCCGAACCCAACUCUGUCAGUAUCAAGCUAACCUCAUUGCGUACGAGAUCAUGAGGGUGUUAUUUAAUACGUCGAGGUUCCUGAAGACGCACGAACGAACGGUGAGUAAUUCCGAUGUCGGAAUUAAGGGCUCGGGAUGGUUUUAAGCGUUCUUCCGUUUCACCGAUCUAAAUUUUUUAAUUUUAUUAUUCAGAAGCUCCCUAACUGCCGACGUCCUGUCUAAGCAAUGAAAUAUGUUUAAACGGUGAGUGAUUUUUUCAGAUUCAUCCAAUCGCAGGUCCGGGAAGACGGACACGUGACCUAAAAACGUGCUAAUUUAUAACGAUAACGAUCGACCGAAGACGUCAGACAUGAGCGUGUCGGUAUAUCUCACCGAAUCAGUCACACUAAUAUUAAAAAUAUGUUGAAUAAUGAAUGUUAUUUUACCCCAAAACAAAUUCGUUCGAGUUUAAAAAGCUGUUGGAAGACAGAAUGCGGAAACAAAAGUCAGAUGUGGAAGUGUUCGUGUGCUGUGGUUUUUUUGUUUUUUUUUAAGUAUUAUUAUUAUUUAUGUAUUAAAUUUCAUUCACGAAUAAAUUGAGUAAUACCACGUCGUAACUCGUCAAUUCAAACUUUAACCCGGGGGAAAAACAAAACAAAAACAAAAACCUCCCUCAAAUGAUCAUUCCUAACUCUGGAACUUGGGCUGUUCUCCUCAGCUCUAAGCUCCUCCCAGUUCAGUAAGUGACAUCAAAUCGACAUUCACAUGCCGAAUCUAUAACACGGACUGUACAGUUCGUCACUGCUAAGAAAAGACGAGCAAGGCGUGUCCGUGUUUUGUUCUCUGUUGUAGGUUUUUCUCUCCAACUUUGUAGUUUUGAAUGCACGGAUGUCGAAAACGACAUCCCCCAGAGCUCUGCCUUUCCACACGUCGAUUCUAACGCAACAUAAUUAUCCCCCCCAGUCUUCAAACUGCUCCUCCUGCUGCAUCACAGGGCAGUGUAACACACUCUGAGGAAGCGCUAUCCACCACAUUCUUCUUCAUGGUUGAGCAAUUUUCUGUUCCUAGUCACCCAGGUGUACUAACGAAUGUUUUUGUUUACUUCAAAUAUAUUUCCCCUAUGAAUUCAUAGGGGUGCCAAUAAUUGUUGCACACCUAAUAUUUAACUAUUUAUUUUUGAUAACAGGUGUUCGCAGCUGUUUAUCCAUGAGAGCAGAGUAUUUUUGUGAAUUUGUUGAUCAAGAGGUUAAACAAAGACAAAUUUUCACAGCCGCCUUUGCUCAUACUUACUGAGGGUGCCAAUAUUAAUGAAGGGCACUGUAUAAUUCCGAUGAUAAGUGUAUGAUGUAGAGAUGAAUUUGUAUGCACUGAAAAUGCGCGAUGUUACCUGGAUCCUGGGAUUACGGCAUAUAAUCAAUGACUUUAUUAAACAAACAACCAAAUUUAUUGUUUAUCAUUAUAGAGAGUAAACAAUCACAUUUACUGAAAUUGUACAUACAGAGAGUGUGUGUUUUGGGGAAUUUAUUAUUAUAAUUUUUUUUUUUUUUUGCCAGAAUUGAGAUCCUGUACAUGAACAGUCCCCUCUGAAAGUAUUGGAACGGCAAGGUCAAUCGAAAAGAUUUUUCACUAUACAUCGAAGGCAUUUGUGUUCGGGACCAACAGACGAACGUGAGCCGAUAGAUUAGAAUUUCGGCUUUGGUUUCCUCAUAUUUACAUCUGGAUGUGUUCGAGUGCGGAACUGUAGACCGUGCAAACCCCUCGUCAGCAGUAAGAAUCGGAAAGCCGUGUUGGAAUUCGCGAAGAAAUACAGAGACGUGCCAUGAAAGUUCUGGAACCAAGAUUAACCUCUAGCAGAUUGACUGAGAGAAAGGAUCUGUUCAUGGUCCAAAACAUACAAGCUCAUCUGUGAAACAUGGUGGAGGAAGCGUCACGGCUUAGGCUUGCGUGGCUGCUUCUGGAACAUUCUCACUAAUCUUUAUUGAUGAUAGAACUCAUGAUGGUAGCAGCAGAGUGAAUUCAGAAGUUGACAGGAACAUUUUGUUUGACAAUUUACAGAGAAAUGCAUCCAAUCUAAUUGGUAGGAACUUCAUCAUGCAGCAAGACAACGAUCCAAAACACACUUCCACCUCAGCAAAUGACUUUAUAAGGGGGGAAAGUGAAAGGUUUAAGACUGGCCAAGUUAAAUCACCAGACAUUCUCCCUGUAAGGAGAAUCCCCCCCCC